CCGAAAAGAAACCGACAUAAAAAGAUUCUGAGUAGUACUAACCGACUAAACGGGAAAAACAGUCAAAUCUAGUUGUCUAGUGUGAAACACUUGUACGAUUUGCUCGGUAUGCCUGGCCCGUAACCUUGGUAGUUGUGCUAAGAAACAAUAUUUCAAGUAACUGCUGGCGAUUUUAGCUGUCAAACUGAUUGAUCCAGAUGUUUAUUCUACACUACGUUCUCUUCUAUCCAAAUUCAGAGUAACACAAGGAGCAAUUCGCAAGCUCACUUCUCCCCUCGUCGUUCUUUAAUCAACAUCUGCGUGUUAAAGAUAAUAAUCUUUUAAAGGCAGACUAUAGUAGCCUAGAUUCCGUCGUAGCUUAUGCUAUGCUCCUCAAAAGUGCGACAGCGACCAAAGCCACAUCGCCUGGGAAUGCAAGAUUCAAGGAAUCUCUAUUUCCGCAUCGGCCCAUGUGCCAGGCUGCCUACGACAGUGAUGUCCAUGAAGUAUACCGCCUCUUCAGGGAUAACCAUAAAAGCCUGAACGUCCACGAUGAGGCCUCAGGAGAUACACCCAUCAUUGCUGCGUGUAGACGGGGAAACCAUCACACGGUGAAGUACCUGAUGGACCUAAAUGCCGAUGUUUCCGUACGGAACAAGAAACAGAGGACAUGUUUACACUAUGCAGCCAAAAGAACCUUCUCCUUUCUGGAUUACCUCAUGAUUGCCAUACUCAUGCCCAUUCUGUUAAUCGGAUACCUAAUAUUGAUUGAGAAGCAGAGGAAGAAUGAGAAUUUAAUUAAACUGGUUUUGAGCAGCAAAGUGGAGGUUAAUGCUGCAGAUUACAAAGGCAACACAGCCCUUCACUAUGCCUGCCAGAGAAAAAGCCAGGGAAUUGUGCCAUUGUUACUCGAAAAACAUGCAGAUGUUUCAAUCAAGAACAACAAGGGUGAAACUCCACUGGAUAUCGCACAGAGGCUAAAGUUUAAGAAGAUUAUUGCAAUGAUGAAGAAAUCAGGUUGAAAGGAAGUCAAGAUUUCCCAGAGAAAGAGGGCCAUUAUGAGACUUUUACAAACCUGGGUAAAUUAACUCUGAGUAAGUGGUAAACCUCCAAAUAGAAGAGCCCUGUGGCUUCAUUUUAAUUCAUCCAGAUUUGUCACUAAACCACAUACUUGGAAUACCCCACCAGGACAACCGGAAUGUUAAGAAAUGCUAAAGUUCUUUGGCACAUCAACUGUUGCAAGGAAUGUCACAUAAAUGUUGGUUCUUUCACCUCACAUUUGAUUAGUAUUUCACAGUUUGCAAGUGUUGUGCUGCACAGAAUUGCUUUUACACUGUUUUUCAUUUUCAAGUUUCUACUGUGUUUUUUAAGCACAGUAUAAUACACAUUGGUUUUUUUUCUCCAUAAUUUUAGUUUUGCAUCACAAAAAUGACAGGGGUAAUGUUGCAAUAUUGACCCAAUUGCUUUUGCACCUUGUAAAUAAUUUCUAUUUAUUUUAUAACCAAUUCUGCUUAGAGGGAAGCGUUCAGUGUAUGUAAAUUCUAGGGUUGAAUUGGGUUGCUAUAUGUCGUAUGUCUUGAGCCUCAAUAAAGAAUGUUUUCAGACUUCAAA